CAGGCGGAUCUGAAAUAUUAGGCCCUAGUACUAAUAAAAAUAUAAAAAUUAAAAAAUUGAAGUGGAAACAACUCGUAGUUCGUUGCGUAGCAACGCACUCACUAAUAAGUUUUGUCUUCGAGGAAGAAAGUUUUUCAAUAUUGUAAAUUUUGUAAAAUCUUUCUCAAGACAAUACAGAAGUAAACAAUACCAAAAUGACCCAAGUUAUUUCUCAAAACGGGGACGGUUCAAGAACAUACACAUUCGCUAGUCAACCGCGACCAGUUAAGCAAAGGAAAAAAUACAGAGAUCACGAUGCAUUUGAAAAUGAAGGUUCAUUGCCAUAUGGUAAUAUCAUGUAUGACAGAAGAAUUAUCCGUGGGAAUACAUAUGCACAACAUACCUUGCCUGCUAGUGCCCAACCAGACCCAAUAGAUGUCCAGCGGCAGCAGGAAGCCAGACGACGUGCAAUUGCCAGAAAGAGAGCUAAAAAACAACUAAUCCCAAAAUCACCAGAGCCAGUUGAAGGAAGAAAACAUAUUGAUGUUCAAACUGAAUUGUACCUUGAGGAACUCAGUGACAGAGUGGAAGAGGCGGAUGUUGAAACACAGACUGAUGAAUUUCUUGAUAGACCACCAUCACCUCUAUAUAUUCCAGCAAAAACUGGCACCGAUGUUGCCACACAAAUAUUAGAAGGAGAGCUAUUUGAUUUUAACAUUGAAGUAAAGCCAAUCCUGGAGGUUUUAGUUGGUAAAACAAUUGAACAAGCCUUGUUGGAAGUCAUGGAGGAAGAAGAACUUUCCAACCUUCGAGCACAACAACGACGCUUUGAGGAAUUAAGAAAUGCAGAGCUUGUUGAGACUCAAAGGUUGGAAGAACAGGAAAGAAGACAUCAGGAAGAGAAAGAGAGAAGAAUGAAGCAACAAACUGAUGUUUUGAAAAAGGAGAAGGAAACAGCUGAAAAAAUUGCAGCUAGAGCUUUUGCACAGAGUUAUUUAGCAGAUAUGGUACCAUCAGUAUUUGGUUCUCUUAGUGAAAAUGGAUACUUCUAUGACCCUGUUGAAAGAGAUGUAGAGACAUAUUUUAUGCCAUGGCUAGAAGAGCAAGUUGAUAAGAAUUUGAACCAUUAUGGAGUUGCCUGCCUUAUGCUUGACUCAUUGAUAAGAAAUGUUGUGAAGCAAAGAAUCAAUUCUUAUGACCAUUUGGAACAACAGCUGUUUAAAGCUAUCCAAAGAGAGGCAGCUGUAACUGCAGCAGUUCAGGACAAACUCCAGGAAGAAGUAACUUCAGCAACAAAUAUUUUGCAAGGUGACAGUACAGAUAUUGUGGAUGUGGAAGAGGAUGCGAAAGUAGCAGCAGAAGAAACAACUAUACAAGAUGUACAAGAUGUUCAAGAUGUACAAGAAGCACAAGUAGAAAGUGCUGCUGAACAAAUUGAGACUAAACCAGAAAUGACUGAGGAACAAAAAGCAACUGAUCAAACAGAUGAACAAUAAGACUUAUGCUGGGUUGUAUAAACCCUUUUCAUACCACAAUGUGAAUAAUCCAAUUACAUAACAAAAUACUUAUAUCUUGAACAGUUGAGAUUUUAAAAUAUAGUUUAAUUACCCAACACAUACCACAUUACUUCCACAUCACCUUUGUCACUUGAUUUGGAUUAAUCUUUGGUUGUACCUAUAUGUUUCAGUUAUC